GGCUGCUUCUCCCGCGCCUGCUCGCCUUCCCCUCACAACUGUUCGGUCAUUCUCUCUCCCACAUACGCACAGCUAUCACACUGGAGUUGCCGCUUCCGCCAACUUACUCCCUGACGCGAUCUGAGAGGCUUUUCUCUUUAAAAAAAACAUCUUUCAAAAACAAGCGAGACGGAGGGAAGCCCGUCAGCGGAGCCGGAACCUCCCAGCGGCAGGGUUAUUAAUUUUCGAUGAAGAUUCCUAUAUCGUUCCAUCUUACUGAUAACAGAAGGUGAAGACUGCAUAAAAAGAAAAAAACACUAAAGCAGUUGCGUGAAUCUGGAACUAUUUUCUGCAUCAAGUCCUCAAUCCUCUGACGGUGCAGAACAAACUGCUUACUUGGUGGCUUUCCAUAUCUAAAGGGAGAAGGAUAUCCUGAGAUUGAAGGAUUUGACAGCCCAGCACUGAAAGAUGAAAUGCUCCAACUGAGUUUCACUCAUAUGGCUGUGUGUUGAGCCAUGAAACAAAGAAACACCUUGGAACCCAUUCAAGAAAGCAUAAAACACCCAGUGCGCGAGAAAAGUACAGAUUGUGCAAAUGGCUAAAAGCGAGCAAACGACACGUAGAAUAUCAAACAUCAAACCAGUAAUCAGUUUGGUUCAGUUCAGCAUCGCGGUGCUACACCACUGCAGGCCACAGGGCCAUUCUUUGCCGAAGCAUUGAUCACCACAAUCAAACAGCCAAUAAAAAAGGAAUAACCGGAAUCCAGGAACAUGAACCUCAAAGACCCCCAAAACGAGUCUACAGCCUCAUCGAAUAUUUUAUGUGAUUAAGCGUUAUUCCAAGAAAACACUUGCCAGAUACUUGAGAGUAUCGAAAUGAGAGGCUUUUAAUAAGAGAAUUUGUUGGUUGUCAAAUCAAGAGGAAGCUUUAUUUGGGGAGGAAAAAAAGAGUGCUACAAGAAAUUCUAGGAGCUUAUCUGAUUGCUGGGACAAUGCUUUGAGGUAGUGGAAGACAGAACCUCAUUCAUCUCGGCACAGAUCCCGGAAGCAUGCCAGCUCCUGACCUGUGAACAGCUGCUGUGGAGUACGGAGAGAGCUGACCAGCUGAAGAUGCGACCAUGGGCCAGCUCCUGGAGAUGGAUUAUGUUGAUCCUUCUUGCCUGGGGGACUUUGCUGUUCUAUAUAGGCGGGCAUUUAGUCAGAGACAGCGACCAACCAGAUCGCUCCAGCAGAGAACUGUCCAAGAUACUUGCAAAACUUGAACGUUUGAAGCAACAGAAUGAAGAUCUUCGGAGGAUGGCAGAGUCUCUGAGGAUUCCUGAAGGUCCCAUUGACCAGCUACCAGCUGCUGGAAGAGUGCAUGCACUAGAAGAACAACUGCUAAAGGCCAAAGAGCAGAUCGAAAUCUACAAGAAACAUGCAGGCAAUGGUCCUGGGAAAGAACACGAGGAGCUAAGGCGUAAGAUUGAAAAUGGACUGAAAGAGCUCUGGUUCUUCAUGCAGAGUGAAGUCAAGAAAGUGAAAAAACUUGAAGGCGAUGAAGCACAAAAGCAGGCAGAUGUAUUACUUGAGAACCUGGGUGACCAGCACAGGUCCAUUAUGACAGAUGUAUACUACCUCAGUCAAACAGAUGGGGCUGGUGAAUGGAGAGAGAAGGAGGCCAAGGAUCUGACAGAACUGGUUCAGCGGAGAAUAACAUAUCUGCAGAAUCCCAAGGACUGCAGUAAAGCCAAGAAGCUGGUGUGUAAUAUCAACAAGGGUUGUGGCUAUGGCUGUCAGCUUCACCAUGUCGUCUACUGUUUCAUGAUUGCAUAUGGAACACAGCGCACUCUCAUCCUGGAAUCCCAGAAUUGGCGUUACUCCACUGGGGGUUGGGAGACUGUCUUCAAACCAGUCAGUGAAACGUGCACAGAUAGAUCUGGCACCAGCUCGGGCCAUUGGUCAGGUGAGGCCAAUGAUAAGAAUGUCCAAGUGGUGGAACUGCCAAUAGUUGAUAGCCUUCAUCCACGACCACCAUAUCUGCCCUUGGCUAUUCCUGAAGACCUUGCAGAUCGAUUAACUCACCUACAUGGAGACCCCUCAGUCUGGUGGGUCUCACAGUUUGUCAAAUAUUUAAUACGCCCACAGUCAUGGCUAGAGAAGGAAAUUGAAGAGGCCACCAGAAAACUGGGCUUCAGGCAUCCAAUUAUCGGUGUUCAUGUACGACGCACGGAUAAAGUUGGAACAGAAGCAGCUUAUCAUCCUAUUGAGGAAUACAUGGCACAUGUAGAGGAACACUACAAGUUUCUUGCUCGCAAGACAGUGGUUGACAAAAAAAGAGUUUACCUUGCCACAGAUGAUCCUAACUUACUUCAGGAGGCUAAGUCAAAAUACCCAGAUUAUGAAUUCAUCAGUGAUAAUUCCAUCUCAUUUUCAGCUGGACUGCAUAAUCGAUACACAGAAAAUUCACUGCGAGGUGUCAUUCUGGACAUCCACUUUCUGUCUCAGGCAGACUUUUUGGUCUGCACCUUCUCAUCGCAGGUUUGUCGAGUGGCCUAUGAGAUAAUGCAAACAUUACACCCAGAUGCAUCAAGUUAUUUCCAUUCUCUGGAUGAUAUAUACUACUUUGGUGGACAGAAUGCACACAAUCAGAUUGCAAUUUACCCUCACAAACCACAGACUCCAGAGGAAAUUGUUUUGGAGCCUGGAGAUCUGAUUGGAGUGGCUGGCAACCACUGGGAUGGUUAUUCCAAAGGCAUCAACAGAAAAUCUGGGCGAACAGGCCUAUAUCCAUCUUACAAAGUGAAGGAGAACAUCGAGACCAUUAAGUACCCAACCUAUCCAGAGGCUGACAAUGAGAAGCCAGAGUAACUGUAAGGACACUCCACAGCCUCGGUGAAUGUAUCUCGCCAUAAAUCUGAAAUCUGAAAGCCAACAUUGUUUUUUAAACUUUGAGUUCUGUGCAGAUGCAUCCAUCUCCCUCCAUUAUCCUGCUGUUGGUUGUGUUUGGUUGUCUGCCAAUAAUUCACUGUUAUUCUCAGUGACUGACAUUGACCCAUUGUACAAAUUAGAGCAUGAGCAAAUGUCUGUCCAGUCAUGGUGCCUAACAUUCUUCAACCUUUGACCUUCCUGAAGAACCAUGUCCAAUAUUAGCAGUGAGAUGUCUUUGAAAUCUUGGCUUGAAGGAAAGACAUUAAACUUAUCAGGCAGGAGAGAUGUAAUCAUGAAGACUUAAUCCAUUCUGCGGCCAGUUCUUAAGAUGACGUUUUCUCAAGAAUUGAAAGUGUUUCUCCUUUACAAGUAUAGGUGAAGGGAAGGUCAGAAUGAUCAAAUGCACAUCCUCAUUUCACAGUCUUUUGUAAAAGCAAAAUCAUGGACAGGAUCUUUAAUACAUACAGUAAUGUUUCCAGACAUUGUCUUUGAUAACAAAAAUAAAUAAAUCUAAAUGAAA